AUGGCGCACCAGGCCGUCGACCAGUCCUCACUUCCCCUGCCAGCGACUACGGCCGUGACGCGCACGGUGCAUGACGUCGAGUCCCUCUUGCCAAAUCAGCCAGACAGGCUCCUGAUUCUGCUCUCAAACGUAACCGGGGUUGAUGCGGCGGCCAUCGGACCGGACACUGUGUUGGCCGAUCUAGGGAUUGACUUGCUCAUGUGCAUGGAGCCAGCCAGGUUUAUUGAGACUCUCUUGCAGUCGGCAAUCACUCCAAAUGAGUCUUCACUCGCGGAGUACCCUGUUGAUCCAGCUAGCGGUGCCAAACCGUGCGUUUACGAGACUGACGCCAGUCGGCACUCGCUAGGCCUUUCUGUGGAUGAGUACGAGCACCUGCUGGCGGCGGUCGCCCAUGUUAUCCACAAUGCUUGGCCGAUGACCAUCGCGCGUCCCGUGCGGGAUUCGAAGCCCAGUUUCGCGCGCCUGGCGAAUUCCGCGAAACGAGUAGAUAGAUGCCUGUGUGGGAAGCACUUUGUCCGCAUGGCGUGUGGAGGAGUGGUUCUCCAUACCCAGCAGACAGCCAGGAUUUUGGCACGAUUCAGUGCGUUGAAGGCUGUAGAUCCUGGCGUGCUCAAGCUGUUCGUCCAGUAUUGGCGUAAGCUGCAUCUAUGA